UUUAGGACUAGACUCUCUACUCUAGUCUCAUAAUCUGUGAGUAUGACUUAUCGGCUUUAGGCAGGUAUAGUUAGUUAUCUAUUCUAUUGAUUUUAUUUUUACUUUCAUCGAAGUUGACUCCUUUUACUCAUUUUCUCCCAUUUUCAACUACUCUAGAAUAAAAUUUACUACUUACAUUAAUUCUGAAUUAUAUGAAGAUUUUAUUAGCAAAAAGAAAUGAUAUUUCUCUUUUGCAUUAUAAACAGUAGGUGUAGUUUAGUAAAUAUUAUGUCUUAGGUAUCGAAAUGAACGGCCCUAGUAAUGUUGUUGCCCAUAACCCUGAGCUGAACACCCACAUUAGUGAUGCUAUGCAAAGUACUUCUCCAACAUUAAUUGAAAAAAGUAAAGCUACAGGGUCCAAGGAUAAUGCACGUGAAAAUACGGAAGAUUUGCAAGAUCUCAAAGGAAAAGUUGAAUCUAAACUACUGUCCAUGUGGAAUAACAUGAAAUUUGGAUGGACGGUAAAAAUAAAGACAAAUUUUUCCAAAGAAUCACCUGUAUGGCUAUUAGGUCGCUGUUAUCACCGUAAACUGAGCCCUACGGGCUCAUUGGAAUCUUCAACAGAAAUAGGAACAGAGGCAACUGCACAUCAACCCAUGGAGCAGAUAUAUGGGGAAGGUAUAGAAGGCUUCAAAUCAGAUUUCAUAAGUAGAUUGUGGAUGACAUAUAGACGAGAAUUUCCUACUAUGUAUGGCUCAAAUUUUACCACAGAUUGUGGUUGGGGAUGCAUGUUACGAAGUGGACAAAUGUUGUUGGCCCAGGCACUAGUCUGUCAUUUUCUGGGUCGGGACUGGAGAUGGUCACCAGACAAAGCAAUUCAAAAUGCCAGAGAGUUUCAGGAAGAUUGUUUACAUCGUAUGAUUAUAAAAUGGUUUGGAGAUAAAUCCUCUGUAAACAGUCCCCUCUCCAUUCAUCAAAUGGUGAGAUUAGGUGAAGCUCUAGGAAAGAAACCUGGAGACUGGUAUGGUCCUGCUUCUGUAGCACAUUGUUUAAAAGCUGUCAUGGCUGCUGCCUCCAAAGAAAAUUAUGAAUUUGAUAAUUUAGAAGUAUAUGUUGCUCAAGAUUCAACUAUUUAUAUUGAAGAUGUAAAUUCAUUAUGUUUGAUGCCCAAUGGUUCAUGGAAAUCCCUUAUCCUGUUAGUACCUGUGAAGUUAGGAACAGACAAAUUUAAUCCAAUAUAUGGACCUUGCCUUACAUCAUUAUUAACACUCGACUUCUGUAUAGGUAUUAUAGGAGGAAGACCAAAACAUUCUUUAUAUUUUGUUGGUUAUCAAGAUGACAGACUGAUUCAUUUAGACCCACAUUACUGCCAAGAAAUGGUUGAUGUGUGGCAACCAAAUUUUUCAUUACAGACUUUUCAUUGUCGAUCACCACGAAAAAUGCCACUUAGUAAAAUGGAUCCGUCAUGUUGCAUAGGCUUCUAUCUUGCAACACAACAUGAUUUUGAAACCUUUGUUAAUGUAAUAAUGUCUUUCCUAAUUCCACAAGGAGUAUCUGCAAACUUUGAGUAUCCAAUUUUUACACUGCAGAGUGGAUCUUGCGCUAAUGUAAUAGACCCACCAAACAUAAGAUAUUCUAUAUAUGAAACUGAACAGAACUGGGUGACCCCUAGUAUGCAAGAUUAUGAUACUGACAUUGAAUCAGAAGAAUUUGUAUUAGUAUAAUAUCAAGUUACCAAAUAAAUCUAGUUAGUACCUAAUAAAUUGGAACAAAUUGCAUAAGUACUGUUAUGCUAAUGUAUAUCAUGGUUAUCUCAAAAUAACAUGCUAAGUAUACAAUACUAAUUUUGUAUCCAAUAGGGUUUCUAAAAUCAUAAUAAAAUAAAAAGCAACUGUCAA